AUGGUAUUGCAGUGGAUGAAGAGGACGGUGGUGGUGGGUGAUUUAAAGAAAGUGAAUCUGGAAAAAAAGUUGCUGCCGGAAUUCCUUUGCUGCUGCCGUCCGCCUCCUCCCUCUGCCGCCGUCCGCCGAUCAUCAUCCGCCUCUUCCGCUGCCGCUGCUGAACCAGGUUUGUGUCCCGUUGGUGAGUUGAUAGCCGCUGUUGUACAUUCGACUUUACCCUUUCAGUUGCGGUUCUGCUCUACAACAAAAAUGAAUUCAGAUCGCAGUUGGAUGUAUAGUGGGAGACUGGUCAGAGGAUUGUUGACUGAAGGGUACAUCAGUAACGUUAGGGAGUUUUUGAACUUUGCUGUGCAACACCCCGAGUGUAUGAGCGGGGCUCAGAUAAAAUGCCCUUGCCCUAAACCCAAAUGCCGGAACACUGCUUUUCGAACUGUUGACGAAGUGGAGUUUCAUCUCUACACAGACGGGUUUGUGAGUAAUUACCACGUCUGGACUCACCAUGGUGAGGAAAAUAGGAGGGUCGAGGUGCCUGUUAAUGUUCUGCAAGCGGACAACAUGUGGGAGCAUAGAAAUGAAGACGAGGGUUGCAGUUCAUUCCAGAGAAUGGUUACUGAUGCGGGUGGUCCCGAAGUAUGGACAGAAGAGCCUCCGAAUGCAGAAGCUCAGAAGUUUUAUGAUAUGAUGCGUGCGGCCGAAGAACCCAUAUGGCCUGGGAAUGACAGACACUCCGCUUUGUCUGCAGCCGUAAAUUUUUUAGAAUUCAAGUGCCGAUUUCAAGCGUCUGACGGUCUGAUGAAUGAAAUGAGCGAGUUUGUACAUCAACUGUUACCUAAAGACAACAAGUUAGCGAAAAAUUCGUACAGCAAUAAAAAGCUAGUCAGAGGGCUUGGGCUUCCAGUUGAAGUGAUUGACUGCUGUAAAAAUAUGUGUAUGAUAUACUGGGGUGACGAUGCGGGUUUGACUUUGUGUAAAAGGUUGUACGCUUCUAGGGCAACAGCUAAACAUAUGAGGUGGCACGCCGAGCACGAGAUGGAGAAUGGUGUGAUGAAUCAUCCGUCUGACUCGCCAGCUUGGAAACACUUUUCGGAGUUACAUCAAGAUUUUGCAGCAGAAGUUAGAAAUAUCAUAUUGGGGUUGUGUACGGAUGGGUUUCAACCAUUUGGUGCAUUUGGGCAACAAUACUCGUCAUGGCCGGUAAUUGUGACUCCGUAUAACUUGCCUCCUGGCAUGGCCAUGAAAGACGAGUUCAUGUUUUUAACGGUUCUUGUUCCCGGACCCAAUAGUCCAAAAGGCAGUUUGGAUAUUUUCCUACAGCCGCUAAUAGCAGAAUUGAACCAUUUGUGGGAAUUUGGGACGCGGACAUACGACAUUCAUAGGCGGCAAAAUUUUCAAUUGAAAGCCGCUCUUAUGUGGACGAUCAAUGAUUUUCCGGCUUAUUCAAUGCUGUCUGGAUGGAGCACAUCGGGUAAACGGGCAUGUCCUCACUGUAUGGAAGAAACUGAUGCAAUUACCCUUCCGAAGAGUGGUAAACAAUCGUGUUCCACUAUUUUAUUCUCACCCUUCAAGAUUGUAAUUGACUUUGUAACUCCCAAAAUUAGGGAGUAG